AUGGUUACCUCUACUGGUCUUCUCUCACGUGUUGCAGCAGUAGAGAAGGCGGCGGAGAUUGCUAAACCACCACCUCCAAAGGUAGUGGAACUAACGGAAGCAGCCAAGCAGCUUCCCCAGCACAUUAUUGGUGUAACGGACCCUACCAAACUUAACGCUCAGGUCUCAUAUUUUCAAUGCCCUCCUUGGGCCGCGCUCCCUUCAGUCGCAUGUCAUUUGCAGUGUACACGUGACGGUUUACCUUUACCCGCACUAGGGUUGCAUCGUUUUCCGUUUUAUUUGUUUGGUCGGAGUAAGGUUUGUGAUUAUGUUCUUGAGCAUCCCUCCAUUAGUAGCGUUCAUGCCGUCCUUGUGUUUCAUGGUGGGCAACGCUGUUUUGUGUUAAUGGACUUAGGCUCAACUAACGGUGUAAAAUUAAAUGGCAAUCGCAUCGAGAAGAGGCGACCGCUGCCCGCUCCCGUUGGGAGCAGCAUUCAGUUCGGGUUUAGCUCUCGGGUCUACAAGGUUCAACUGGGGCCUCCAUCAUCGUCCAAGAGGUUGCGAGAGGAACAAGAGAGGCAAGAAGCGGAGGAGGGAAAAAGGAAGUGUGUGGAGGAGGAUCAGCAGAAUGGAACAUUGGGAGACACUCGGGUUUCACCUUCAACGUCGGGAGCUGUUUCUAAUGAAGAGCGAAUAGAGGGUAAUGUUGUAGUAGACAGAACGGUGGUUGAAUCCGUUGCCGCAGAAACUAAAGAGGUUGUGACAUGUGAUGGGGUGUUAGAAACCUCUGUUCAGGCAGGGGCGCCUCCACCUACCGAGCGGCAUUUCUACCAUGUACUCGUAAAACACAAGGAUGUACGCCGUCCUUCUUCUCUCGCACCGAGAAACAAGGGAGAGAAGAUCACGCGAUCAAGGGCUGACGCCAUUAAUUUAGCACAGGCGAUACUUGCUCAGCACAAGGAAAGGAAGACCUGGUCGUUGGACGAAUUCGUACAAGUGGUGCGUGACUUUAGCGAAUGCGGUUCUGCCAAGCGUGAUGGAGAUCUGGGCAUGGUGGAGAGCGGAACGUACACGGAGGGCUUUGACACCGUUGCGUUUUCCCUUAAAAGUGGUGAAGUAAGCGCGCCAGUGGAAACUGAGCUGGGUGUGCAUUUGAUAUAUCGCGUUGAGUGA